AUGAUUUUGAUAUCAACAGCCUUUAUCCAAAGGAAAUUGAUAUCAACAGUCUUUAUCCAAAAGAUAUUGAUAUCAAGAAACCAACAGUUCCAUCGAAACCUGCCAAAAAUUAUCCCAAAAUCUCUAUUCCAAAAGGCUCUCAAAAGCCUAUCUCCGUUGAUCCUGAUGAUUUUGAUAUCAACAGCCUUUAUCCAAAGGAAAUUGAUAUCAACAGUCUUUAUCCAAAAGAUAUUGAUAUCAAGAAACCAACAGUUCCAUCGCCUUUAUCCAAAGGAAAUUGAUAUCAACAGUCUUUAUCCAAAAGAUAUUGAUAUCAAGAAACCAACAGUUCCAUCGCCUAUCUCCGUUGAUCCUGAUGAUUUUGAUAUCAACAGCCUUUAUCCAAAGGAAAUUGAUAUCAACAGUCUUUAUCCAAAAGAUAUUGAUAUCAAGAAACCAACAGUUCCAUCGAAACCUGCCAAAAAUUAUCCCAAAAUCUCUAUUCCAAAAGGCUCUCAAAAGCCUAUCUCCGUUGAUCCUGAUGAUUUUGAUAUCAACAGCCUUUAUCCAAAGGAAAUUGAUAUCAACAGUCUUUAUCCAAAAGAUAUUGAUAUCAAGAAACCAACAGUUCCAUCGGCUCUCAAAAGCCUAUCUCCGUUGAUCCUGAUGAUUUUGAUAUCAACAGCCUUUAUCCAAAGGAAAUUGAUAUCAACAGUCUUUAUCCAAAAGAUAUUGAUAUCAAGAAACCAACAGUUCCAUCGCCCUUAUCCAAAAGAAAUUGAUAUUAAGAAACCAACAGUUCCAUCGAAACCUGCCAAAAAUAUUCCCAAAAUCUCUAAUCCAAAAGGCUCCCAAAAGCCUAUCUCCGUUGAUCCUGAUGAUUUUGAUAUCAACAGCCUUUAUCCAAAGGAAAUUGAUAUCAACAGUUUUUAUCCAAAAGAUAUUGAUAUCAAGAAACCAACAGUUCCAUCGAAACCUGCCAAAAAUAUUCCCAAAAUCUCUACUCCAAAAGGCUCUCAAAAGCCUAUCUCCGUUGAUGCUGGUGAUUUUGGUAUCAACAGCCCUUAUCCAAAAGAAAUUGAUAUUAAGAAACCAACAGUUCCAUCGAAACCUGCCAAAAAUAUUCCCAAAAUCUCUAAUCCAAAAGGCUCCCAAAAGCCUAUCUCCGUUGAUCCUGAUGAUUUUGAUAUCAACAGCCUUUAUCCAAAGGAAAUUGAUAUCAACAGUCUUUAUCCAAAAGAUAUUGAUAUCAAGAAACCAACAGUUCCAUCGAAACCUGCCAAAAAUUAUCCCAAAAUCUCUAUUCCAAAAGGCUCUCAAAAGCCUAUCUCCGUUGAUCCUGAUGAUUUUGAUAUCAACAGCCUUUAUCCAAAGGAAAUUGAUAUCAACAGUCUUUAUCCAAAAGAUAUUGAUAUCAAGAAACCAACAGUUCCAUCGAAACCUGCCAAAAAUAUUCCCAAAAUCUCUAUUCCAAAAGGCUCCCAAAAGCCUAUCUCCGUUGAUCCUGAUGACAAUCAUCUUAAAGAUUUUGAUAUCAACAGCCUUUAUCCAAAAGAAAUUGAUAUCAACAGUCUUUAUCCAAAAGAUAUUGAUAUCAAGAAACCAACAGUUCCAUCGAAACCUGCCAAAAAUAUUCCCAAAAUCUCUAUUCCAAAAGGCUCCCAAAAGCCUAUCUCCGUUGAUCCUGAUGACAAUCAUCUUAAAGAUUUUGAUAUCAACAGUCUUUAUCCAAAAGAUAUUGAUAUCAAUAGUCUUUAUCCAAAAGAUAUUGAUAUCAAGAAACCAACAGUUCCAUCGAAACCUGCCAAAAAUAUUCCCAAAAUCUCUACUCCAAAAGGCUCUCAAAAGCCUAUCUCCGUUGAUCCUGAUGAUUUUGAUAUCAACAGCCUUUAUCCAAAGGAAAUUGAUAUCAACAGUCUUUAUCCAAAAGAUAUUGAUAUCAAGAAACCAACAGUUCCAUCGAAACCUGCAAAAAAUAUUCCCAAAAUCUCUACUCCAAAAGGCUCUCAAAAGCCUAUCUCCGUUGAUGCUGGUGAUUUUGGUAUCAACAGCCCUUAUCCAAAAGAAAUUGAUAUUAAGAAACCAACAGUUCCAUCGAAACCUGCCAAAAAUAUUCCCAAAAUCUCUAAUCCAAAAGGCUCCCAAAAGCCUAUCUCCGUUGAUCCUGAUGAUUUUGAUAUCAACAGCCUUUAUCCAAAGGAAAUUGAUAUCAACAGUCUUUAUCCAAAAGAUAUUGAUAUCAAGAAACCAACAGUUCCAUCGAAACCUGCCAAAAAUUAUCCCAAAAUCUCUAUUCCAAAAGGCUCUCAAAAGCCUAUCUCCGUUGAUCCUGAUGAUUUUGAUAUCAACAGCCUUUAUCCAAAGGAAAUUGAUAUCAACAGUCUUUAUCCAAAAGAUAUUGAUAUCAAGAAACCAACAGUUCCAUCGAAACCUGCCAAAAAUAUUCCCAAAAUCUCUACUCCAAAAGGCUCUCAAAAGCCUAUCUCCGUUGAUCCUGAUGACAAUCAUCUUAAAGAUUUUGAUAUCAACAGCCUUUAUCCAAAAGAAAUUGAUAUCAACAGUCUUUAUCCAAAAGAUAUUGAUAUCAAGAAACCAACAGUUCCAUCGAAACCUGCCAAAAAUAUUCCCAAAAUCUCUAUUCCAAAAGGCUCCCAAAAGCCUAUCUCCGUUGAUCCUGAUGACAAUCAUCUUAAAGAUUUUGAUAUCAACAGUCUUUAUCCAAAAGAUAUUGAUAUCAAUAGUCUUUAUCCAAAAGAUAUUGAUAUCAAGAAACCAACAGUUCCAUCGAAACCUGCCAAAAAUUAUCCCAAAAUCUCUAUUCCAAAAGGCUCUCAAAAGCCUAUAUCCGUUGAUCCUGAUGAUUUUGAUAUCAACAGCCUUUAUCCAAAAGAAAUUGAUAUCAAUAGUCUUUAUCCAAAAGAUAUUGAUAUCAAGAAACCAACAGUUCCAUCGAAACCUGCCAAAAAUUAUCCCAAAAUCUCUAUUCCAAAAGGCUCUCAAAAGCCUAUCUCCGUUCAUCCUGAUGAUUUUGAUAUCAACAGCCUUUAUCCAAAGGAAAUUGAUAUCAACAGUCUUUAUCCAAAAGAUAUUGAUAUCAAGAAACCAACAGUUCCAUCGGCUCUCAAAAGCCUAUCUCCGUUGAUGCUGGUGAUUUUGGUAUCAACAGCCCUUAUCCAAAAGAAAUUGAUAUUAAGAAACCAACAGUUCCAUCGAAACCUGCCAAAAAUAUUCCCAAAAUCUCUAAUCCAAAAGGCUCCCAAAAGCCUAUCUCCGUUGAUCCUGAUGAUUUUGAUAUCAACAGCCUUUAUCCAAAGGAAAUUGAUAUCAACAGUCUUUAUCCAAAAGAUAUUGAUAUCAAGAAACCAACAGUUCCAUCGCCUUUAUCCAAAAGAAAUUGAUAUCAACAGUCUUUAUCCAAAAGAUAUUGAUAUCAAGAAACCAACAGUUCCAUCGAAACCUGCCAAAAAUUAUCCCAAAAUCUCUAUUCCAAAAGGCUCUCAAAAGCCUAUCUCCGUUGAUCCUGAUGAUUUUGAUAUCAACAGCCUUUAUCCAAAGGAAAUUGAUAUCAACAGUCUUUAUCCAAAAGAUAUUGAUAUCAAGAAACCAACAGUUCCAUCGCCUUUAUCCAAAGAAAUUGAUAUCAACAGUCUUUAUCCAAAAGAUAUUGAUAUCAAGAAACCAACAGUUCCAUCGGUAAACAUUCCUAUCUCCGUUGAUCCUGAUGACAAUCAUCUUAAAGAUUUUGAUAUCAACAGUCUUUAUCCAAAAGAUAUUGAUAUCAAUAGUCUUUAUCCAAAAGAUAUUGAUAUCAAGAAACCAACAGUUCCAUCGAAACCUGCCAAAAAUUAUCCCAAAAUCUCUAUUCCAAAAGGCUCUCAAAAGCCUAUAUCCGUUGAUCCUGAUGAUUUUGAUAUCAACAGCCUUUAUCCAAAAGAAAUUGAUAUCAAUAGUCUUUAUCCAAAAGAUAUUGAUAUCAAGAAACCAACAGUUCCAUCGAAACCUGCCAAAAAUUAUCCCAAAAUCUCUAUUCCAAAAGGCUCUCAAAAGCCUAUCUCCGUUGAUCCUGAUGAUUUUGAUAUCAACAGCCUUUAUCCAAAGGAAAUUGAUAUCAACAGUCUUUAUCCAAAAGAUAUUGAUAUCAAGAAACCAACAGUUCCAUCGCCUAUCUCCGUUGAUCCUGAUGAUUUUGAUAUCAACAGCCUUUAUCCAAAGGAAAUUGAUAUCAACAGUCUUUAUCCAAAAGAUAUUGACAUCAAGAAACCAACAGUUCCAUCGAAACCUGCCAAAAAUAUUCCCAAAAUCUCUAUUCCAAAAGGCUCUCAAAAGCCUAUCUCCGUUGAUCCUGAUGACAAUCAUCUUAAAGAUUUUGAUAUCAACAGCCUUUAUCCAAAAGAAAUUGAUAUCAACAGUCUUUAUCCAAAAGAUAUUGAUAUCAAGAAACCAACAGUUCCAUCGAAACCUGCCAAAAAUAUUCCCAAAAUCUCUAUUCCAAAAGGCUCCCAAAAGCCUAUCUCCGUUGAUCCUGAUGACAAUCAUCUUAAAGAUUUUGAUAUCAACAGUCUUUAUCCAAAAGAUAUUGAUAUCAAGAAACCAACAGUUCCAUCGAAACCUGCCAAAAAUUAUCCCAAAAUCUCUAUUCCAAAAGGCUCUCAAAAGCCUAUAUCCGUUGAUCCUGAUGAUAUUGAUAUCAACAGCCUUUAUCCAAAAGAAAUUGAUAUCAAUAGUCUUUAUCCAAAAGAUAUUGAUAUCAAGAAACCAACAGUUCCAUCGAAACCUGCCAAAAAUAUUCCCAAAAUCUCUACUCCAAAAGGCUCUCAAAAGCCUAUCUCCGUUGAUCCUGAUGACAAUCAUCUUAAAGAUUUUGAUAUCAACAGUCUCUAUCCAAAAGAUAUUGAUAUCAAGAAACCAACAGUUCCAUCGAAACCUGCCAAAAAUUAUCCCAAAAUCUCUAUUCCAAAAGGCUCUCAAAAGCCUAUAUCCGUUGAUCCUGAUGAUAUUGAUAUCAACAGCCUUUAUCCAAAAGAAAUUGAUAUCAAUAGUCUUUAUCCAAAAGAUAUUGAUAUCAAGAAACCAACAGUUCCAUCGAAACCUGCCAAAAAUAUUCCCAAAAUCUCUACUCCAAAAGGCUCUCAAAAGCCUAUCUCCGUUGAUCCUGAUGAUUUUGAUAUCAACAGCCUUUAUCCAAAAGAAAUUGAUAUCAACAGUCUUUAUCCAAAAGAUAUUGAUAUCAAGAAACCAACAGUUCCAUCGAAACCUGCCAAAAAUUAUCCCAAAAUCUCUAUUCCAAAAGGCUCUCAAAAGCCUAUCUCCGUUGAUCCUGAUGAUUUUGAUAUCAACAGCCUUUAUCCAAAGGAAAUUGAUAUCAACAGUCUUUAUCCAAAAGAUAUUGAUAUCAAGAAACCAACAGUUCCAUCGAAACCUGCCAAAAAUAUUCCCAAAAUCUCUACUCCAAAAGGCUCUCAAAAGCCUAUCUCCGUUGAUCCUGAUGAUUUUGAUAUCAACAGCCUUUAUCCAAAGGAAAUUGAUAUCAACAGUCUUUAUCCAAAAGAUAUUGAUAUCAAGAAACCAACAGUUCCAUCGAAACCUGCCAAAAAUAUUCCCAAAAUCUCUAUUCCAAAAGGCUCCCAAAAGCCUAUCUCCGUUGAUCCUGAUGACAAUCAUCUUAAAGAUUUUGAUAUCAACAGCCUUUAUCCAAAAGAAAUUGAUAUCAACAGUCUUUAUCCAAAAGAUAUUGAUAUCAAGAAACCAACAGUUCCAUCGAAACCUGCCAAAAAUAUUCCCAAAAUCUCUAUUCCAAAAGGCUCCCAAAAGCCUAUCUCCGUUGAUCCUGAUGACAAUCAUCUUAAAGAUUUUGAUAUCAACAGUCUUUAUCCAAAAGAUAUUGAUAUCAAGAAACCAACAGUUCCAUCGAAACCUGCCAAAAAUAUUCCCAAAAUCUCUACUCCAAAAGGCUCUCAAAAGCCUAAAUCCGUUGAUCCUGAUGAUUUUGAUAUCAACAGCCUUUAUCCAAAAGAAAUUGAUAUCAACAGUCUUUAUCCAAAAGAUAUUGAUAUCAAGAAACCAACAGUUCCAUCGAAACCUGCCAAAAAUAUUCCCAAAAUCUCUACUCCAAAAGGCUCUCAAAAGCCUAUCUCCGUUGAUCCUGAUGAUUUUGAUAUCAACAGCCUUUAUCCAAAAGAAAUUGAUAUCAACAGUCUUUAUCCAAAAGAUAUUGAUAUCAACAAACUUUAUCCCAAAGAAUUUUAUCUCUAUUAA